ACUAAGCUUAAUUAUAUAACUGAAUAGUCCAUUAUCUGUUAUGGAUGGGUGGGUGGUGGGGAUGAAGAUUUUAUAUCAGGGCAAGUUUUACCAGCGCAGCGACGCCGCGCGACAGCCACAGUGACCGCACAGCCGCCGGGUGAGACGCUCGCCGCUCGUGACACAACAUGGAGACCAAGAAGUUUACUAGGAAGGAGAUCGCCGAGAGGGACACCAAAGCGGAGACGGUGUUCGUUAUAGCCAACAAAGUGUACGACGUCACCAAAUUCGUCGACGAUCACCCCGGAGGACAUGAGAUCCUCGUGAACACGGCCGGUAAGGACGCCUCGGAACAGUUCGAAGACGUAGGCCACAGCCUGGACGCCAAGGAGCUAAUGAAGAAGUACUACAUCGGGGAGCUGGUGGACCAGGACAAGCGGCAUAACGUCGACCGCAACGUGAACUGGAACCUGCCGCCAGUGUCCGAGGAAUCCGCGAAUGGCUUCCUCACCUCGUGGAAGUUUCCCGCAGCGCUGGGCCUGCUGCUCACUCUCCUCUACACUUAUCUCUUUUAAUAAACUUUAAUUUUAAAGAUUAUAACGUUAAAGCAAAGUUUGGUCCUUUGCAGUUCUGUGAUAAUGUUA